UAUUGUCUUUUGUUUCUCCUAGCUGCCAAGUUCCAACACAACGUUUCGCCGUUGUGCGCCUUCCGCAAAUAUAACAUGCAAGACAUUUAUAACAUGCGCAAACGUUGGAAUUUCAACCUGACGGGAAUCUUGUACCCUUGCACAACUGUGUAGUAUCAGUCAUGUUCGUAACACUCUGCAUACUUUAUCACGCGCUCGCCUACUCCCUUGGUCAUCUAUGGACUUUGCUCUCUCCUUUGAGGUCAAUUUUGAGCUGUGCCGUCGAUGCUACAACGUACCACCCAACGACGCGGCGAAACGUCAUCGUUGACAUCAUCAUGACCAUCUGCACGCUUCUUGUUUGGUCAACCCUCAUAGGAUGUAUGCUACUACGCAAAGAAGACCCUGCAAAACGCGCACCACCACCUCAUGUUUCCUUGAACCAAGCAAAUGAGAGCAUGGUGAAUGCACUAAAAGCAGUGCAAAAGGCGAGGGAUGAUUUCAAAGAGAUGGAAGACACCUCGGGCACCACAAUAGAGGCGUUGUGGCGCUUAAGGCAAGCCGGGAAGGACAUGCGCGAAAUCCAUCAGGCACUCGUGGAGAUGUCGGACAUAUUCGACCAGCAAGCAGAACGACAGUUGUCCCGCACUUUCCCCAUUAAUUCAGGUGGAGCGAGAUAGAAGUGUUAUCCGACCACUCGCAUUUUAUCAGCACUGACGGGUUCCCGUGUCAAGCAGAUGAGGUUUUGAGUUCUGGGUGGGCGGUUCCUCGUAUGUAUACGACAUCGAUCGUUGUUUGAAAGUGUAGUUUCUAGUUUUGACACAAGCGUGUGUGUAGCACACGCUUGUUUCAACUCAAUGAUUUGGCAUUACAGUGUGUCUCAAACUAGAUGCCCAUGUGAAUCGACACGAUGCUUCCGGGAUCGCAACACCUUCACCAAAUCUAUGGCCCAACGUUGUCCAAUGCUCUCGCAUAUUAUAGAACGAACAAAGGUCUUCUUCCAUCUACAGUUUGCCUAGCCCGGUCACCGGCCUUGCAGCAU